AAGAUGGUGACCGUUAAGCAUGAACUUAUUAAGAAUUUCACUUCGGAGGAGGCCAUUCAUCACAACAAGGUCUCCAUUAUAGGAACUGGGUCUGUUGGUAUGGCCUGUGCUUUCAACAUCUUAUUAAAAGGUUUGUGUGAUGAACUUGUCCUUGUGGAUGCUGAUGAAGGCAAACUGAAGGGUGAGACGAUGGAUCUUCAGCAUGGCAGUCCUUUUAUGAAAAUGCCAAAUAUUGUCUCCAGCAAAGAUUACCUUGUCACUGCAAACUCCAAUUUAGUGAUUAUCACAGCAGGUGCACGCCAGAUAAAAGGAGAAAAACGCCUUGAUUUAGUCCAGCGAAAUGUGUCGAUCUUUAAAUUAAUGAUUCCCAGUAUUACCCAGUACAGUCCCUGGUGCAAAAUGAUUAUUGUUACCAAUCCAGUGGAUAUCUUAACUUAUGUUGCCUGGAAGUUGAGUGCAUUUCCCAAAAACCGUGUGAUUGGAAGUGGCUGUAAUCUGGACACUGCCCGUUUCCGUUACUUUAUUGGACAAAGGCUUGGUAUCCACUCCGAGAGCUGUCAUGGGCUGGUCCUUGGAGAGCACGGAGACUCAAGUGUUCCUAUAUGGAGUGGAGUGAACAUUGCUGGUGUCCCUCUGAAGGAUCUGAACCCAGAUAUAGGAACUGAUAAAGAUCCUGAGCAGUGGGAAAAUGUCCACAAAAAAGUGGUUUCCAGUGGCUAUGAGAUGCUUAAAAUGAAAGGUUAUACUUCUUGGGGUGUCAGCCUAUCUGUUGCUGAUAUAACUGAAAGUAUUUUGAAGAAUCUUAGGCGAGUGCAUGCAGUUUCCACCCUAAGUAAGGGCCUGUAUGGAAUAAAUGAAGAAAUCUUCCUUAGUGUUCCAUGUAUCUUGGGAGAGAAUGGCAUCACAGACCUUAUAAAGUUAAAGCUGACCCCUGAAGAGGAGGCCCGUUUGCAAAAGAGUGCAGACACACUUUGGGAAAUUCAGAAGCAGCUCAAGCUUUAAAGUUCUGAAGUUAUUGAAGAGAGCUAGUAGUUAUGGAAUUGUGUAUACCAUACUUUUGAAUAAAUGUGAAUUUCUGCAAGUUGGAAAAAGGAAAAGGGGAACUGUUAACUGCCCUAUUUACUUAAUCCUCUAGCUCUUAGUAUCCAGAUGGUGGGUGAUUUUUUUUCCCCCUACAACGGUAAGUGACUGCAUCAGAGGUAUUUUUUGGUACCUCUGAUAUACUAACAAACACUUGCUUUGUAUAUACUGAAUGUGUAAUUGUUGUUUGGUCCAGAAGAAUGUGUUUAUUGUGUUAAGAAGUUCUGAUUCUUUUCAUCAGGUACAUGGCAAAUUCUUUCAUUCUGGCUAAUACCUAAGUUCAUUUAUAUGUUAUUAAAAAUAAGUUGUACUUUUCUUUAUAAUGUAAAAACAAAAAUAUAUACAUAACACAAUCUGUUAGUUCCUAACACUAAA